GAGAGAGAAAGAAAUAAAUAAAAAAGAGAAAGAAAGAGAGAGAGGGAGAGAGAGAAAGAUAGGCACGGCAGACCAGCCCUCACCAUGCCAAUUACCAUUAUCACGCCAAAACCCGCUCGGCCGAUCAACAGCGACAACAGCAACCCCCGCUUCUCACAAGAGGAUGCCUCGUCAGAAGAGAGCGAUUCGGACUCGGGCGGCGGCGUCGACCUAGACGGCGACGUGCCCAUGCGCCCGCCGCGGCCGUCGUCGGUCCGCACCACCUUCCGGGCCCCGGCGCGCCGGGACCUCGCGUCCGCCGUGGUCACGCCGGGCGAGGUCAUCACCGAGGACCCGCAAUGGAUGCGCGGCCACGGGACCUACGUCGCCCCGCACACGACCGCCAUCGUCUCGUCGGUCGCCGGCACCGUCACGCGCACCAACAAGCUGCUGUCGGUGCGGCCGCUCCGCGCGCGCUACACCCCCGAGGUCGGCGACCUGGUGGUCGGCCGCAUCGUCGAGGUGCAGGCCAAGCGCUGGCGCGUCGACGUCGGCUCCACCCAGCUGGCCGCGUUGCCCCUUAGCGCCAUCAACCUGCCGGGCGGCAUCCUGCGCAAGCGGACCGAGACGGACGAGCUGCAGAUCCGCACCUUCUUCGCCGAGGGGGACCUGCUCGUCGCCGAGGUGCAGCAGCUGUUCGGGGACGGCGGGGCCGUGCUGCACACGCGGUCGCUCAAGUACGGGAAGCUGAGGAACGGCGUGUUCGUGGCCGUCAGCGGCAUGGGGGGCGGCGGCGGGGUGGUCAGGAGCCGGCGCCAGGUCUGGACGAUGGACGCGGCCAACGGCGGCGGGCAGAUCGACGUCGUGCUGGGCGUCAACGGGUACGUCUGGAUCAGCAAGCACGUCGAGACCCCCGAGGCGGAGGCCGGCAAGGCAACGGGCAUCACCAACAUGGAAGAGAGCGUCAGCGCCACGGUGUACUCGAGCCAGAAUGACCGGAUCGAGGUCGAGACCAUGAGGGAGAUUGCGAGGUUACGCGGCGUCGUGACGGCGCUGGUCGAGAACGGGCUCCGCGUCGACGAGGAAAUGGUUGUCAAGGGGUACCACGAGGCUGUGGAGAUGGCGCUGGUGUCUCCCGAAGGGCCGGAUGAUGUCUACCUAGGUGGCGAGAAGGGACAACAGCUGGCUGCGGCGCUCACGGGGGCUUGAAUCCCCUUGCCCGCGCUCGAGAAGAAAGAGGGGUGGGAUAAAAAAAGCUACAGCAUGAUAAAGGUUUUUUUUUUGGGGGGGGGAUUCCCACCCAG